AAAAAUUGCAAAUACGAAUGGGAGAAGAACUCUUCGUAUUCGGCGUAUCAUUCGCGUAAAGCGUUGGAAGAAGGGUGAGGAGGUGGUGUGGAUCUGGAGAAAGAGAUAGGAGGGAGUAGCAGUAGUAACGAGUACUUUUGAAAGGGGGGAAGUUUUUCGGGAAGGGUAGCUAGAAACGCGUAGGUUAGGGCAGUUGCGUGGAUGGCGGGCGUCGCGGUCGCUCACGUGGCUCCCCACCGUGUUCCACAGCAUCGGCGUUCUCUCCUUCGUGUUCUCUCCCCACUACCAGCGCUAACGCGUUGCUUCCCCCACCACUCUCUCCCUCCCCACCUAGAGUGACACUAGCGCCGCCACGCCUGCCGCUUCGCAGUAACGCGACCGCUUUCGUCGAGAGUGCGUUGUUUUUCCGCUCGCUAUUGUUGUCCGUGUUAUUCUAUUCCUCAAGUGCGCUUUCACGAUUUUCAUCAGCGAACCUCCCCGGCAUCGAUAGAGGAUUGGUUAGUCGCGCGUUCGUGAGGCUAUAUCCCGUGAGCAGCGAAUGUGCCACAUAAUAUUUUAGAGUGAUCGAACGACGAUCCCAUCUUUCUCUCUCUCUCCCCCCUCCUACCCCAAACUUUCAUCCUUUUCUUCGUUACUUUUUUUUUCUUCCCCUUUCUUCCCCUCCUUCCUUCCAUUCUUUAACCUCUCGACGACGGGGGAAGCGAUUCUUGGUGCGCGAGUUUAUUCGUAUUCAUCGAAUUAUUAUUAUUAUUAUUAUAAUACGUAUAAGUGUUGCUGAUAGAGAUAGAAUGGAAGUAUGCAAGACCGUAUCAUCGAAAGUUUGGAAUAUCGACGUUCCAGCGUGAGAUUCGGUUGGUUAGUACGUGUCCGUAUGAGAUGAGAAAGAUCGGCCAUCGUUGCUAGAAGCGCGAGAGAGAGAGAGAGAGAGAGAGAGAGAGAGAGGUAAAGAAAAAGAGAGAGAUGGUAGUAUAGAGAGAGAGUGAGUGAGAGAGAGAGAGUGAGAGAGUGAGAGAGACCGGUGCUAUUGUAAGAAAGAGGGAGAGAGAGAGAGAGAGCAGUGUUGGAACAAUCGAAAAAAGAACAGGAGUGAGAGAGAGAGAGAGAGAGAGAGAGAUAGAGAGAACGAAAGAGAGAGAGAGAGAGAGAGAAAAGGAUGGGUGGGAGAGGAAGAGUGCAGACUAGCCGCGUUGGUACGCGUCGCGACGCUGUCGGCGCGAUGGCCACGUGCCUCGAAGGAUAUGCCGUUGUCGACGCCGCCGUCGCCGCAGCAACAUCGGCAUCAGUAACAGCGACGAACAGCAUCGUUCUACGACACUGACAGAAAAGAAAAGGAGUGCGUUCGAUACUGUUACGAGUUUGAGUUACAGUGUUUACUUGUUGUUUUUAGUAAAGUGAUUUACUAGUCGGUGCUUUUUACUAAGAGAGAGAGAGAGAGAGAGUGAGAGAGAGAGAGAGAGUGAGAGAGAGAGAGAGAGAGAGAGAGAAUUGAAAGAGAAAAAAAAAAGGAUCGAAGGAAGACCACGGGAGUUCGUUAUCAGUGUGAGAUUAAGUGCUUUAGGAUUUGGUGGAUCGUUGUUUUCGCGAGGAAAAAAAAAAAGAAAAACUUUGAUAAGGAUAAACAGGUGGUGUUGUUGUAUCUCAGUGGCUCGUCGAUGCUCCUUUCCUUUCUUCAGCUAUGACGAAGAUCUUAGAAACAUUGGUAUAGUCGUCCAAGGGAAAAGAUAAUCUUUUUGUCUUGGCACGUGGUGGAGUAAUAAAACGUAAAAGUAGUUUCGCGCGGGACGAGAAAAACCUCGUUGGUAGACUACAGGAGUGUGGGUUGGGACGAACGAAAGAGUGGUUCGAGAAAGAGAGAGAGAGAGAGAGGUAGAAAGUGGUAGAAGAGAGGGGUGGUAGGGGAAGAGGGGUAAGAGUAGGUAGGAAGGAUCGUAGAAGCAGAGGCAAGCAGCGGAGUGGUGAAAAUCUCGACGCGAGUUAUACGGGGCGGGUGAGAAGGGCCAGGUCGUGGAGUGGGGAGUGAUGCCGGUGAGGGUGGCGCAGCGCCCCCCAGGUGGAAUACCACUCCACGCCGGCGUGCCGGUAGCGGCCAGCAGCGUAACCGCCUCCGGUCCGUCGGGCCGGUGCCUCGGGGGCCCGGCUGCGUCCCCCGCCGGCUCGCCACCGCUGCCGCCGUCACUGCAAUCUCUCGGCGGCGGCAUAAGCGGCAGCAACAACAACAACAAUAACAACAACAACAACAACAACGUUAAUAACAGCAACAUCAACGGGAAUAAUCAGUUGAUCAGUAGCAACGGCGGGAACGGGAGCAUUAUCGGUGGCAACUCCUUAAACGGCCUCGGCAAUUUGAACAACAACAACGGGAACGGUCUAAGCAACAGCAAUAUCAACACGACGGCGUCGAGCAUCGGUGCCGCCGCCGCCACGACGAACCCGCUCCAGGCAAUGGCAUCGGCCGCGGCCUCGCUCACGCAGUUAAACAACAUGGCGAACGGGCCGCUGCCGCCACUCGCAGGGACCGGGCCCCCGAAUUUACCGGCUCCGCAGCCUGCGACAACGCCGACGCAUGCCGGUGGCCCACCGACGCCACACGGUGGCGUCGGGACGGGGCCUCAUUUGAACGGGGCCUCGCCAAGUCCCCAUCCUAUGCCACCCCAUGGCAUGAUGAGCGGAUCGCCGCACGCGCCCCAUCCUCAUAUGCCGGCCGGUGGACCCUCGCCUCAUCCUCAUCAUCCGGCUCCUCAUAUGGUCGGCUCGCCUCAUCAUCCAGGCCCACAUCCGAUGCCACCAAACGCUGCUGGCAUGAUGGCCCCAGCCGGUAUGCAACCUCAAAGUGCUCCUGGAAUGUGUGGCCCUGGACCAGCCGGUCCAAUGGGACCGCAUGGACAUCCUCAAGCACCGGGACAACCUCACAUGCACAACGAUCCCUUCUAUUGUUCACCUUUUGGCUCUCAUUACUUCAGAUCGUUGCCUGUCCCCAGGAGGCAUACUCCGUACUUCGGACAACCGGACUACAGGCUCUACGAGCUGAACAAGAGGUUACAGCAACGCAAUGAGGAUAGUGACAAUCUAUGGUGGGACUCGUUCGCGACAGAAUUCUUCGAGGACGAUGCCACACUCACCCUAACCUUCUGUCUGGAGGAUGGACCGAAAAGAUACACGAUAGGAAGGACGCUAAUACCUAGGUACUUCCGUUCGAUAUUCGAAGGUGGAGUGACGGAACUUUACUACAACAUGAAGCACCCGAAGGAGUCGUUUCACAACACUAGUAUAACGCUAGACUGUGAUCACUGCGUCAUGGUCACGCAUCACGGCAAGCCAAUGUUUACGAAGGUGUGUACAGAGGGUAGGUUAAUAUUGGAGUUCACCUUUGACGACCUCAUGAGGAUAAAGUCGUGGCACAUGUCGGUGAGAACGCAUCGAGAGUUGGUACCAAGGUCGGUUGUAGGCAUGCAGCAAGAUCCUACGGUACUAGAGCAGCUCAGUAAGAACAUCACCAGACAGGGUAUCACUAAUUCUACUCUGAAUUAUCUCAGGUUAUGCGUUAUUUUGGAGCCAAUGCAGGAAUUAAUGUCGAGGCACAAGGCGUACGCGUUAUCACCGAGAGAUUGCCUGAAGACGACCUUGUUCCAGAAAUGGCAGAGGAUGGUUGCCCCGCCGGGUAAGAGAGAAUCACAGAGGCCAGCGAGUAAAAGAAGAAAGCGAAAGGGCAGUACCUCCGGGCCGGGAAACAACGCUCCUCCUGCACCUAGUAAAAAGAGGUCACCGGGGCCGAAUUUUUCUCUAGCGUCGCAGGACGUGAUGGUCGUGGGUGAGCCAUCUUUGAUGGGCGGCGAGUUCGGCGACGAAGACGAACGGUUGAUCACGAGGCUGGAGAACACGCAGUACGAUGCGGCGAAUAGUCUAGACCCACACAGUCACGACACGACGGGUGGCCCGCCUCCGCAUCCUCAUCAAUUCCAUUCGGAGCCAACACCGGGUAACUCUUGGCCACCAGACCGUGGCCCUGGUCCCGGACCUCCGCAAGGUGGACCCGGUAGUCAGGGCGUCCAGGGUACGCAGGGAGGCGGAUCUUCGGGUGUCGCGGGUUCGCAGGAUGGCAGUCAACAGCAGCAAGACAAGAAGAGCCCCGCGGUGAGCCAGUGAGGCCAGGAGUCCCCGCGCCCUCCCACCAGAGGGCGACGGGGGCGCAAGCCCAAAAACGUGGCUCCCUAGCG